AAUCGCCCUCUCGGUCUCAGUCUACGCGCGCAAUCCUCCGUUGACACUUCGGUGACCGCGUGCCGCGCUUGGACUCGAACACCUGUUGCGCGCUGGAUUGACAGGACUGAAGUGACAGUGACAUUUUGGGCGGGAGGUAGGCGCUUUUUGGAUUAGGUAGCGGCCAGAGGUCAGGUUGGAGUUGGUUUUUUGUGUGACAAGGACCCCACAUUAGCCGAUCUAAGGCCCCACAAGAUGUCAGACAACCAGGAGUACGACGGGAAGAUGAACGUAGCGAACGCGAGCAGCACGUCCGCGUCCCCCAGGACGCCUCCUAACUGCGCCAGGUGCAGGAACCACCGCAAGAAGAUAGCGCUUAAGGGCCACAAGCGGUACUGCAUGUAUCGCAGCUGCAAGUGCGAAAAAUGCCGGCUGACAUCAGAGCGACAGAGGGUGAUGGCGAUGCAGACGGCGCUGAGGCGCGCUCAGGCUCAGGACGAGGCGAUGCUCAGAAACGGAGCGAUGAAUCCCGACGAGUUGCCCAUGUUGGCCGUGUCCCAGAAAAGCCCGCCGUUGAUCGGGUCGUUGGACAGAAGCUUGGAUUGCGAUUCGUCCGCUUCGUCGCAGUGUUCGAAUCCGCCUGCAGUUCCGAGAAAGAUGACGCCGACUAUGGCCAUACCGUCUACGACUACCGGGAAUAUUGGACUUAUGCGAGAGUGCACGCCCUAUUCAGAAUCUAAAGGUUGGUGGACUUAUUUUUUUAGCUUCGACGAUGAACGAACUUCUUUGGCGGACAUCGUAAAGGUUCAAGUUGCAAUGCAAUACUCGAAACCUGGACACAUCCGGUACAAUAUCUAGAUUGAUAACGCUGGUGAACAAAAUUAGAAUAAUUUCUUGUGACAUGGACAAAAAAAGGUGGUUAUUAUGUAAAAAGCACCCAAAAAGCCGGAUUUCUUGCAAUAAGGCAUUUUAUUUGCUGCUUAUACUAGUAAAAUAUAAGAAUAUGUUUGUAAGAGUACUAAUAAACACUCGAAUAAACAUUUCAGAGUGUUGUUGUCG